CCCCCCAACCCAAAACAAAAAAUACACAACUCCAUUUCUUCUUCCAACCCCAAUUCUGCUAUGAUCGACGCGCCUCCGCCGCCCCCUGCACCGCCGUCCCUAUGUUCUGGACCAAAAAGAGGACGCAGGUGAUUGAGCCCAAGAGCCUCAUCAAACACCGAGAAUCCUCCUCAUCAUUCCCCGACCCCUACUCCGCCAUUUGCAGCACCACCAUCGACAACUCCAGCUACAACUUCUCCAAAUCCUCCACCUCCUCCUCCUCCUCCUCGGUCGCCUCCCUCAAAUCCUUUAAAUCCUCCCUCCCUCAAAACCCCCAAAUCUACGACCUCUCCGAGAUCCGCUCCGCCACCUCCAACUUCCUCCCACACCGCCGCCUCUCCUCCUCCUCCACCUCCUCCUCCUGGCGCUGCUCCAUCCGCUCCGAAGACGCCGUCGUCUUCCAGCGCAAGUCCCGCCUCCCCCUCUCCCUCCCCGACCUCCACCGCCGCCUCUCCCUCAUCUCUAAAUCCCACCACUCCAGCCUCAUCAAGCUCCUCGGCGCCUCCCUCUCCGGCAGCUACGUCUACCUCGUCUACGAAUUCGUCGCCGGCGCCAACCUCGCCGACUGCCUCCGCAACCCGAAGAACCCGAGCUAUACCGUCCUGUCGUCGUGGCUCUCCAGGAUGCAGAUCGCCACCGACCUCGCCCACGGCCUCGAUUACAUCCACCACUGCUCCGGCCUCGACUCUACCUUCGUCCACAACCACAUCAAGAGCUCCAGCAUCAUCGUCUCCGAGCAGGACCACCUCGUGCUCGGCGCCAAAAUCUGCCACUUCGGUACGGCAGAGCUCUGCGGCGAGACCCAGGCUAGGUCGAACAAAAUGGAGGGCACGCGCGGGUACAUGGCGCCAGAAUUUCAGCUCACCGGAAUCGUGACCCAGAAGUGCGACGUCUACGCUUUUGGGGUGGUGCUCUUGGAGUUAAUCUCCGGGGCGGAGCCGUUGAAGUACAUAAUGGACGGAAAUGGCGGGAGCGGCGGGUAUAGGAGGGUGAGUUUGAUCGAGUCGGCGAGGGAGGCGUUGAGUGGGGGAUGUGGCGGGGUGCGGAGGUGGGUGGAUGGGAGGCUAAAGGAUUCGUUUCCGAUGGAUGUGGCGGAGGAGAUGGUAUUUGUGGCGUUGGAGUGUGUGGAGGAGGAUCCGGAUAGGCGGCCCGAUAUGGGUCGGGUUGCCGGUUUGGUAUCGAAGCUGUUUUUGGAGUCGCAUAGUUGGGCGGAGAAGAUGAGCGUGCCUAUUGACAUCUCUGUUUCGUUUGCCCCUCGCUGAUUUUUUUUUUUUUUUUUUUUUUUUUCUGGGGUUCGAAAUUUAUUAGUUUAUUUAUUUAUUUAGAGGUUUUAUGUUCAAUUUGAUUGAUUAAAAUUGUAAAUAAUUAUAUGAUGAUGUGAAUAAUUUUACAUACAAAACGAUUCAUUGAAACAAAGAAUUUACAGAAAAUUGAUCUCACA